AUGUUUGCCAGAGGCGUCGUGAGAGCAUUCCGCACUUCCUCUUUCAAGUUAGCCACCAAUCAGGUUUCUCUUCGAGCUUCCGGUAUCUCAAUCACUAGAAAGAGAUGCUAUGCUCAAUCCUGGGACAACAACCGACCAAACAAAGACAUUGAAGCGCAUUUGAAAGUACAGGGACUGCUGGAUAAGAUUCAAAGCCAUCCAAACGUGGCCUCAAAGCUACGAGAAGUAAGCGAGAUUAUGGUUUCCAAGGGCCUCGCCAACGACUCUGCCCCUCCAGGACCAUGGCAAGUGGUCAAAAUACUAACUGACAAAGAUGUGAGAAGAGCAAUGGCAGAAUUCAAAGAGGAACUGGCGAAAUCGGGAAUCGAAUUAGGCCCAGAACAACUGGAACCCCUGAUGGCGGUGUUAGGUAUGGAAAAGAAAUAG